UUGUAUUCAAGGUUUGCCGCGUUGCGUAGAAAGCAUACGUCUGCAACUGAUAUGGCAGAUUCACGUACAGGUAUGAAAAGGGAAAUGAGCCCCUCUAAUGGUUAUAAUGACCAUACUUCGGCAAAGCGUUCUCGACCUGACACUGAACAUACCGAUAAUGCGAAAAUUUUCGUCGGAGGAUUGUCUCUUGAUACGAAUGAAGAUUCAUUGAUGCAUUAUUUCUCCUCAUUUGGACCCGUCAAGGAGUGCAUUGUUAUGAUGAAUGUCAAGACAGGGCGUUCACGCGGAUUCGGUUUUGUCACUUUCAUGGAUCCUGGAACAGUGCAGUACGUCAUUUCGACGCAACCGCAUCAUCUCGAUGGUAAAAUGAUCGACCCGAAGCGUUGUUCACCUCGUUCCGAGCGUCCGGAGAAGCGAGACGAUUCUCCGAAGGUUUUCGUCGGAGGUUUGCCGCCGACGGUUACGCAAUCGGAAUUGGAACGCUUUUUCAGUCAAUACGGUGUGGUCACCGAAGUCAUCAUCAUGUUCGAUCAGGAGCGGCAGCGCCCGCGAGGUAACUGUCGUAAAUAUACGUCCUUUAAACAUAUUAAUUAGUCGGGAAUUAUAGCGUAAUGUAUACUUCGAUCAUUACGAUUCUUUAGGAUUCGGCUUUAUAGGCUUCGAGGGUCCGGACGCGGUUGACAGACUUGUUGAAGAGCAUUAUGUCACCAUCAGUGGCAAGAAGGUACUUCUCGUGGAGUGAAAAGAGCUAAUGACAUCUCAGGUUGAACGAGUGUUCGUAAUGCGACUUGUCCCAAAAAAAGCAAAUCCUAAUCGCUGAUCACUAUAGUUUGAUUCAUAAAAUGUCUUCGUUACUCGCGAAGCUAUGCUUCGUAUAAAAUAGUACACUAUUUUACUCCUCGUAACCUAUCAAUCUAGGCAUUCAGCUCCGUUAUGAGGUUAAUGUUUUCGUCUAGCUUCGCACCUACCAAGCGCAAGAAACGCGUCCGUAGAUGAAUAACACUAGAUACAAUAUUUAUAUACAGUAUAUUUCCAAUCAUAAAUUUGUAUUUUUUGGGACGUGAAGCAACGAUGGCUCAGGGAGUUCAUUUUGCUUCUUCUUUUUCCAUCUCUUGCUUUCUUCAUAAUUUUAUGCUUUCAUUUUACUUCAUUAGUUGUUCAAUGUUGUUCACCUGAUAUACUGGAAAACGUCAUGAGUUCCAGCUUGUGCAUUCUUCAGAGCACACGCUUCUUCAUGAAUUCCGUAAGGUUAUUCUCCUAUGUCCUUGAUUCGUGAAAGGAGCUGCACAGCAAUUAUCAUACUUCGUGUACCUUCUACCGGGUUCCCGCACAGUUCUAACCUAUAUUUAAACUUAGAUAUUUAAGCUUCGAAAUUGCCCUAUCUGUUGCUGCUGAAUAUCUAAAUUUGGGUUCGAUUGAAAGUUCAUAUUCAAUAGCUCCACAGCCAUAGAUCCGACAAUUUUGAUGUAACCGAAAUGUGAGUUAUUCUUGAUUUAACAUAAUCGGAUAUUGAUAUCAUCGUAUUAGACGUAAUUAUUUUUUUAAAAAGUUAAUGCAGGAUGAAUAUAGCUCUCUUUUCGGGAAUCACGAUGCUAAGAAUGCUUUUGCUGAAGAUCCGAACACCUUGUGUGAAGGUGCAGCUCAAUGCAUCCCGCUUCAGACAUUGAGUUAUAACUUUCUAUCGAAAUUCUUUUCCCUCUUCCUCUCCAUCUUGCAAUGUUGCCUGACGUGGAGAUAGAAUCUUCUAAAUUCUUCCAAACUUUUAAAAGGUUGAAAUAAAGCGAGCUGAACCGAGGGAUGUCAAAAGUCGUCCACUCAUCAGCACCAACUACAACCAGAAUUCGUACGGGAACUACAAUCAAGGUCCAAGACCAUACAUGGGUCAGGGUCCGAGAUGGAUGGGGCCCGGGCAGAACAUGGGUGGCCCUAAUCAAGAUUGGAACGAGUAUGGUGGUCAAGGGAACUGGGAAAAUUAUUCUGGUGGAGAUGGAAAUUGGGGACCGCCGAAUAUGGGUGGACCACAGCAGUGGGGACCUCGUCCAGGUGGACCGCAGCAAUACGGACCUGGUGGGCCUCAGCAAAAUUAUGGACCUGCACAAGGUGGGCCGGCGCAGAAUUACGGACCGCAGCAAGGGGGUCCGCAGAGUUACGGACCACCACAAGGUGGGCCGCCGCAAAAUUAUGGUGGUCCACCUGCUGGAGGUCCGCCGCAAAGUUAUGGUGGCCCACCUGCAGGAGGACCUUCUCAGAAUUAUGGUGGCCCACCUGCCGGAGGACCUCAAAGUUACGGCGGUCCUGGUGGAUGGCAGUCUGGUCCAAUGGAUCCGCAAGGAAACUAUGGACCGACUGAUGGUUCUUAUGGACCUCCGCAACAAGCACCUGCACCAGUUCCUCCGGCAAAUCCCGCUGGAGGCCCCAACAAUUUCUGGGCGCAAUGGAAUGACACAAGUAAUCAAGCUCCGGCUCCGGUUGCUAAACCAGGUGCGGAUACUGUGCAAUACCCCAUGCCUGGGGCACAGGGGGCGGGUGCUGGGUUAAAUCAGGUUCCCGGUGGACCCGCUCCCGUACGUGGGCCUUAUCCAUCGUAUCAAAGCCAGGGAAUGAAUCCAAAUGCUCAAGGAUGGAAUCAACAAGGGUAUGGUGGAUCAUCUCAUCAGCCCGGCGGUUUUGGAGGGAAUAAUGCCGGGGGAAGAUUUUCGCGGCCGCCGAAUCCUCAAGGAGGUCCCAACAAACGAGGAGGUUAUCAGCAACCGUACAGGAGUAAUAGAAUUUACCUGAAAGGCAGGAUCAUGGGUCCCAUGGUUGCGAUUUUGUUCGCCGGGAAACGCAAGUCUGGCAAGGAUUAUGUCGCCGAUCUCCUUAGCGCGAACUUGGACGAAACCUCGACAGCUUUCAUCCACAUCUCGGCACCUAUCAAGUCUGAGUACGCGAAAACUCACAACCUAGAUUACGAAGAACUCUUGUCAGCCUCCAGCUAUAAAGAACAACACAGAGCUGCCAUGUUGUCUUGGUCUGAAGCCUUGCGGAAAGUGGACGACGGGUGUUUCAUUCGUCCAGCAAUCGCAGAAGCGGAUCCCGAUGAGCAAAAAAGACUCUGGGUAAUCGUGGACAUGCGACGAAUCUCGGAUUUGAUUUGGUUUCGAGAGCGUCUCGGGAAAGGCUCUCUUGUCAAGACGGUUCUGGUAAGAGCUACAGAAUCGACGAGAACUUCUAGAGGGUGGACAUUUGCAGCGGGCAUUGAUGAUGCGGAAACGGAAUGUGGACUGGAUUCCGUGCAAUCAUGGGAUUUAAUAAUCGAAAAUGACGGUGAUGAAGAGCGUAUGAAAGAGUCCAUCGCUCAGAUUUUGUCGUGGUGUCCUCCGACCUGCGUCAAAGUUCAAAAAGAGAACUUUGAAGUGUCAGGAUGAUCGUAGAUCAGUUGUUCACUUUUUCUGAAGGCGAACAACGAUUGAAAAACAGCAUUUGAAGCCUCCUGACUUUAUGAAGUGCUGAUCAUUGUGAUGAUAUUGUUUUAUACCUCCGUCACGAACGAGCUCAUGUUUUUACGAGGGUAUGGGGUUACCAAAGGUGCUUUUGAAGAUGGAUGAUGCAUUGUUCUUGGAGGUGGGGAAACGGAAUGUGAUGGCAGAUAUUCAUCUUUGAGGUUUACAAUGAACAAAUUCCGUACAAAAGCGGUAAAACGGCAAGUGUGAAAAGCGUAGGAGGGGGGGGGGGUAUGGAACAAAUCUCAAUUAAUAUUAGCUCAAGCUUCUGCAAUAUCGAGAUGAAGUUUCAUAUUCCAGAAGUGAUGAAGCUCCUGACAUUUUCAUUUACCCAGAAUACGAAGUUAUUUCAUUCUUGAAGCGGCGUAUAGGUUCUCUUAACUCUUGCUUGAAUUGUUAGUAAAUGUCGCCCGAAUCAUCAGCUGACGUUGAGGAACCUGAUCGAAUCGAAAUGACCCAACCUUAAAGUGAAUAAUCUGAGCCAGUUCGAUUUGAGAGAGCUCGUCCAACCGAAGAAACCCUUCAUAUCGGUUCGAGAAUUUCAAAUGUUACCAUUAAAUAAUCAAGUUCAUCUCUUAAUUAUACAGCUACGAAGUGUACGAAAUCGCAUCCAUCCUUUUCAACUAUGCUUCUUUUGUUCUUAAUAAAAGCUUUUGAUGCGAUAGAUUUGGUUUUUCAGUCAGUACAGUAUAUACGAAAUCGUUUCACUACGUCCAGAUUCACUACGCGUAAUGAUGAACAAUCGCGAAUUCGUAGACGUUUGAAGUAGAAGAAACGAAGCUAUUUAUAUCAUUCUAUCGUGGAAUGCGGUGCAGGUUUCUGAACAGAAAAAGAGGUUCUGGAGUUGUUCUUACGUUGAAA